GUGGCGAGACCUGACCCAAUGGCCGCCUGAAGCAAUGGUGUCGUUCGUGAAACGCAGCCCUAUCAUUGGUCCUAAGCUGACAAAUUGGUCCGUAGACGCCAAACUUCAGUGCUAGGACUUUCUGCGUGUGGACCGGGGGCCUGGUCCUGCGUGGGUCCAAGACAGACAGGAGAAAGCUGCCUGCUUUUGUGCCUCCCGGAGGCCCUGGUGGAAGCGAAACGGGGGCAGGAGCUGCACUGUCCCAAGCCCAGUGAGGCGAAGCUACUGGAGACAGCUCCGCCGGGUCCAAAGUUGGGCUUACCGGCUGGAACUUGAAACCCGGGCAUGCCGGACUCCUGUUGAAGCCAUCAUUCCUCUCUCCUGGCCCCGGGCGCCUUCGCCGGCGGGGACAACUGGUUUCGGGGCCAAGGUGAUCUGGGAGCCUGACAGUGGCUUCUGGCUUGGGUUCCCACGAGCGGAAAGGGUUCCCCUCCUGUGAGAGGGACACUAUGGAAGUUCCUACGCCUGGAGCCAGAACUCCUGCUGCUACCGUCCGACCCAAGGUUUAGUCUGGCGGCCUCCCACCUGUGCUUCUGGGAGUUCUGCUUCCAAGAGGCUGCUGGUGCCCGGGACACCCGCGGGCGGCUCUUAGAGUUUCACCAUGGGUGACUUCAGCCUGAGAUGCGCUCCAUGGAGCAGAUUCUGGAGUUGCUGGUGCUGGAACAGUUCCUGACUAUCCUGUCCCAGGACAUCCACAGCAGGGUGCAGAAGGUGCAACAGGCGAGCCGUGAAGAAGCUGUAACUCUUUUAAAGUAUAUGUAUGACUUUUAAAAGAUAGAGCUUGUGAAAGUGAGAGAAUAGGUGAGUGAGAAAGAGGUUUUAUCUGCCAUCUUCCUCAAGGAGGCCCAGCCUCCCCUUUAUUCACAGGGUUCUGGGUCUGGUGGGUCCAGAGGACUGAGACAUCUCGCUGUCUUAGUUCCCCAUUCAGAUUUUCUUGAUUGCCCUCAGUAGACCUUACACGGGCCAGUGAUUUUUUUUUUUUUUUUUUUUUUUUUUUUUUUUUUUGGUAGUCUUCUCUGGAACAUUCAUCCUCCAGAUUUCCCCCCAGUGCAGUGAAGAGUGAGCUAUUGCUUUUAGUUUCCACGGGGAGGCAGUGUCGCUGUCAUAGUGUCAGCUCUGGAGGUCGAUCAAAGGGGGCUUUCAACUCCUGGCUCUGCUCCCUACUAGCUGUGCGACUUUGGGCAAGUGACUCUUGCUUGGCUGGGCUUCACUUUCUGCAUUGGUCAAAUGCAGAAAGGGUAACAGACCCUUCUGGGGUUGUUUGGAGGAUUAAAGGGAGAGCAGUAUGUCCGUGGUAAUCGCACGGCUGGCACACAGCUAGUGCUUGAAACUGUGAGCUGCUGUUAGGUUAGGGGCAGCAGUCUGGUCUCCUCUGCAGAGAUGGGUCUCAGUUAAUUGUGAACUCAGACAGUUUGGCACUGAGGCUUUGGGGUCACUGCCCCGGGGGCACCCAAGUAAGCUUCUCUAAAUGAGAGGAACAGGAGCAUCAGGAGAAGGUGGGGGAGGGACCGAAGACCUAUGGGGAACAUGUGUGUACUGAAAUGGGCUUUCUCCCCACACCCUCCACACAAGCACAUACACACAUUAACUCAGGGUCAUGGCAUCAUAAAAACCUUGAGUUUAAACCAUCCCUUUCUCUUGUUGGGUCCAAAGGGACAGACUGUGGUUUUCUGUUGAAGGUUUACCCUCAGAUUCUUGUCAUAAUUUUUCUUUUCUAUUGAGCCCUGUCAUGAUGAUAAGUGAUGGCAGGUUGGUUCCUAGAUCAUACAUCAUAGACCUAGCACAGAAGUGUUUUCAGAAGAGCCUUUUCCUUACAAAACAGCAUGAAAGUCAUGGAGCCAGUGGAUACUGAGAUUUCAAACUGGAGCCAAUGGAUACUUAGAGGAGCCCUGUGGUGUAGAGUAGUUGCUACUUCUUGUUCACUAGGUCUAAUUAGCAUGUCAUCGAUGUAAUAGACUAGUGUGUUGUCUUGUAGAAAAGAAAGGUGAUCAAGAUUCCUGUGAGCUAAACUAUGAUGUAGGGCUGGAAAAUUGAUAUACGAUAUGCCUGAGGUAGGAUGGUGAGGGUGUAUUCCUGGUCUUGCCAGCUGAAAGCAAAUUGCUUCUGGUGGUCUUUACUAACAGUUAUUGAGAAAAAAAGUAUUUUCAAGAUCAAGAGGUGCAUACUAGGUUCCAGGGAAUGUGUUAAUUUGCUCAAGAAAUUAAACCACAUCUGGAACAGCAGCUGCAAUUGGAGUCAUCACCUGGCUUAGUUUACAAUGACCCACUACAGUCUUCCAAGAUCCAUCUGGCUUCUGCAUAGGCCAAAUAGGCAUCCCGCGCUUUCCUGACAUUCGCGCAGCAGCGGAGAGCUUUCCUACCCAGAGCAGGGAGGCGUGGCCACAGAGGCGCAGUCGAGCGGAGGAAGAGGAAAGUGGCCUCCGGGGAAGCCAGAGCUGACUGAAGUGCUCUUGGGAAGAACAAUUCAUUGAUUUGGUACCAAACCUGAUGCAUCCUCAUUUGUCAAAGGUGGUACCAGGUGGGUGUCAGUGUCACACACAAGAGUAAAACUGUUCCUAGAGCAAAUGACGAUGAGAGAGCUGAAGGCGGAUUCAUGCUCAAACCCCCAGAUGGGGGCUAUGUGGGAGACUAGUGGGUCUGUGAAAGAGAACUCCAGUCAGAGUAAGAAAUACAGCGCAAAAAUAGAGAGUCUUGGUCCUGAGAGCGCUUGCAGGCACUUCUGGAGCUUCCGUUAUCAUGAAGCAACUGGACCGCUUGAGACUAUCAGCCAACUUCAGAAAUUAUGCCAUCAGUGGCUGAGGCCAGAGAUCCACUCAAAAGAGCAGAUCUUGGAAAUGCUGGUGUUAGAGCAGUUCCUGAGCAUUCUGCCCAAGGAAACCCAGAACUGGGUACAGAAGCAUCAUCCACAGAAUGUCAAACAGGCUCUGGUCCUGGUGGAAUUCUUGCAGAGGGAGCCUGAUGGAACAAAGAAUGAGGUCACAGCCCAUGAGCUGGGAAAGGAGGCAGUGCUCUUGGGAGGAACAGCAGUGGCCCCAGGCUUCAAGUGGAAGCCAGCAGAGCCCCAACCAAUGGGUGUGUUCCAGAAAGAAUAUUGGAAUACAUACCGGGUACUACAAGAACAGCUGGGCUGGAACACUCACAAAGAAACCCAGCCUGUAUAUGAAAGAGCUGUGCAUGAUCAACAGAUGUUAGCCCUUUCUGAGCAGAAAAGAACCAAAGACUGAAAGAUGGCAUCUAAACUCAUCCUGCCUGAGUCCCCGAGUUUGUUGACAUUUGAAGAUGUGGCUGUGUAUUUUUCUGAGGAAGAAUGGCAAUUAUUGGAUCCUCCUGAGAAGACUCUCUACAAUGAUGUAAUGCAGGAUAUCUAUGAGACUGUCAUCUCUCUAGGGUUAAAGCUAAAAAAUGACACUGGAAAUGAUCAUCCUAUAUCUGUUUCUACAUCAGAAAUACAAACAUCAGGAUGCAAAGUAUCAAAAAAGACCAGAAUGAAAAUUGCCCAGAAAACAAUGGGCAGGGAAAAUCCUGGUGAUACACACAGUGUACAGAAAUGGCAUCGAGCUUUUCCAAGGAAGAAAAGAAAGAAACUUGCAACUUGUAAACAAGAGUUUCCAAAACUUAUGGAUCUUCAUGGGAAAGGCCCCACAGGGGAGAAACCUUUUAAAUGUCAGGAAUGUGGGAAAAGCUUCAGAGUUAGCUCUGAUCUUAUUAAACACCAGAGAAUUCACACUGGAGAGAAACCCUAUAAAUGUCAACAAUGUGACAAGAGGUUUAGAUGGAGUUCAGAUCUUAAUAAGCACUUCAUGACCCAUCAAGGAAUAAAACCAUAUAGAUGCUCAUGGUGUGGGAAAAGCUUUAGUCAUAACACAAAUCUACACACACACCAAAGAAUUCACACAGGAGAGAAGCCCUUUAAAUGUGAUGAAUGUGGAAAAAGAUUCAUUCAGAACUCCCACCUUAUUAAACACCAGAGAACUCACACAGGUGAGCAGCCUUAUACAUGUAGCAUAUGCAAGAGAAACUUUAGUAGGCGAUCAAGCCUUCUUAGACACCAGAAACUCCACAGAAGAAGGGAAGCAUGUCUACUGUCUUCAAACUGAGGAAAGUUACCAUGUAGACCUUGACUUUAGAAAUGAUGAAAGAAUACAAAAUUAUGAGGCACCCAAUGAUAAGAAUCUGUCAUUAAUAGAACAUUUGGGAAGGGUACAUGUUACACUUCACAAAAAGGAAUCUAAGCUGAUUGUCUUAUUCAGCAUUGCAUCUUCUGUGCCUAGCACAAGAGUGAUACAUAAGGAGUAUUUUAUAAAUAAAAAAAAUGAAAAUGUAGUGAUGAAAUACCUUUAGCUAUCUAUCUAUAUGUAUAUAUCUGGUUAUUCAAAACUUCCACACCCCCAGUCAUCUACAUUUUUCAAGUGUCAAGUGCUCAACAGACAUAUGAUGGUCAAGGCUCUUAGUCUCAUUCUUUAUUCUUUGUCAAGAGAAAUGGAAAGAGUACUUGGGCCCUCUUAAGGGAGCUCAGAGAGAAUUACUAAACUAGGGACAAUUUCAAUAGUUACCAUUCUAUCUACAUGAACAAUCAAGGCCAGGACUCAGGAAACUUUAUUCUGUAACAGAAAGAGAGGAUUCAAUGUUUGCCCUGAGAGAAUUGUCCCAUUCUCGUUGCUUCUCUCCUGAGUACCCACUACCACAGUGUCUCUGUCAAGGAAUUACAAGUAGCAAGGAAAGGUCUGAAUGUAAGAACAGACCUAGGGACCUUGCAAGCACUUGAUAUCUCUCCUCUUGCUGACUGUUUCAACAUAGACAUACAAUGAAAUGAUGAGGGAGGCAGUCUCGGCCCUCAUCCAGGUCUCUGUUUUUUUUUUUUUUUUUUUUUUUUUUUUUGUAGAAAGCACAGGUAAGUGGUGAAUGGUCUUUUUCUGUCUUUCAUUAUUAUGUGGACUGUAGGGAGGCUUUCAAACUGGUGCCAUACUGCUGCAGGACCUAAAGGGAGCCCCAUCUUUAUGGCUGAUCAAGUACAACCCUAUAUGCCUGAAUACUCUGCAAGAAGGCCUGGAGAUUUUGCAAAACUGAUUUACUGAGAAUGGCAAGGAGAACCUUGUGAACUUUUAGCUUUGGUGCACAGCUGAUACCAGGAGGGAACAUCCUGAAGUGUCAGAGCAAAGUAAGGCAUAUGGCUUAGAGUGAUGACCCCAGUCAGAACCAGGCCAGAUGAAAAUUGUUUCCUGAUGUUACUGGUCUUCUUUUCCCUGUUAGCCAAAGUGACUAUCUCUUAAGAGAAGAUAAUGUGACGUCAAGGGAAGUUGGAAGUCAUGGAUUUAUAUCUAUGUCAGAUCCUGGUUUAUAAUGUUGGCCAAGGCUUAUUUAUAUAUGUUUAUUUAGUAUUCCAUAAAAUUGUACUUUGUAAUGAAAAUGACAUGUUUUAUGUUAAAUUUAGACAAUAAAGAAAACUUUGUCACCAAAUC